AUGUCGGAGAACAAGUUGGAUGGGAUGAUGUCAGAAGAUACAAAGGAGCUGAGGUCACUGGGCUCGAGUCCAACGUGGUCUGUGGCCUCUGUUUUGAGUGUAUUUGUUGUUGUUUCGUUGUUAGUCGAGCGCUCGAUUCAUCAAUUGGGCAAUUGGUUGAAGAAAACUAAUAGAAAACCUCUGCAAGCUGCCUUGGAGAAAAUGAAGGAAGAAUUGAUGCUUCUUGGUUUCAUAUCCCUCCUUCUUACAGCAACUUCAAGCAUUAUAUCUAAUAUUUGCAUACCAUCAAAGUUAUAUGGUAGCGUAUUUGUUCCAUGCACGGAUGUGGAAGCUGACGAGGCAUGGGAAAACAAUAGCUCUAAAGAGCGCAAACUUUUGAUAGCUCUCAAGGAUCUUCACUCGUAUAGGAGGAUGCUGAAGGGUCUAAAUCGGAAUACCUGCCCAGAGAAUUAUGAGCCAUUUGUGUCACAUGAAGGCCUCGAGCAACUCCACCGAUUCAUUUUUGUUAUGGCAGUCACACACAUAUCUUACAGUUGCCUAACAAUGUUGCUGGCUAUUGUAAAGAUUCACAGUUGGAGAAUAUGGGAGGAUGAAGCUCAAAUAAACCGGCCAAAUUCGAUGCACGAAGUUACCAAAGCACUUACACUGCAAAGGCAAUCAACUUUUGUCCGGGUGCAUGUAUCAAAUCCUACAGACAGGAGCCGAUUUUUCGUUUGGAUGACUUGCUUUCUUCGACAAUUUGGGCAUUCGGUGGUUCGUGUAGAUUACCUUACACUACGACAAGGCUUCAUAACGAAUCACAACCUUACUCCAAAAUAUGAUUUUCACAGCUAUAUGAUUCGCUCCAUGGAAGAAGAGUUUCAAAGCAUAGUUGGUGUUAGUGCUCCUCUCUGGGGAUUCGUAGUAUCUUUUAUGCUGUUCAACGUGAAAGGAUCUAAUCUCUAUUUCUGGAUUGCAUUGAUUCCUUUCGCCCUCGUCUUAUUAGUCGGCACAAAGCUGCAGCAUGUUAUCGCAACUUUGGCACUCGAGAGUGUCGGAAUACGUGGGAAUUAUGGCGGAUCGAGCUUUAAACUCAGAGAUGAACUGUUUUGGUUUAAUAAGCCAGAACUAUUGUUGUCGUUGAUUCAUUUUAUUCUUUUUCAGAACGCGUUUGAGCUUGCGUCAUUCUUCUGGUUUUGGUGGCAGUUUGGGUACCAUUCAUGCUUCAUAAAGAACCAUUUUCUUGUUUAUCUACGACUAAUUCUCGGAUUUACAGGGCAGUUUUUAUGCAGCUACAGUACCUUACCCCUCUAUGCAUUGGUUACUCAGAUGGGAUCAAACUACAAGGCGGCCCUAAUUCCACCGAGCAUACGGGAAACUAUACACGGCUGGAAUAAGGCGGCCAAGAGAAGGAGAAAAUUGGGCGGCGGUUUUGCAGACGACUCGACUGUCCACACUGACACGAGCACCGUAAUAUCGAUCGACGAAUUCGACAAUCAACUGCCCGGAACUCCUCGGUUCACCAAUGUAAGUGCAGAAAUCGAGAUGCAAGUGCCUAAUGCUUUUGCUUACGAGGACCAGUCGAGAUUUGCUAAUGGCAAAUCGAGCCGGGUCGGGAUGCCUCUUCUCCGGCCAUCGGCUUCGAUUUCCUCGCCGGAUUCCGGCAGGGUUUCGCCGGGGAUUGUUCAGAGAUCGUCCUCUAUGCCACGAUGA